AUGGGUAAUCGUGUGUCUCAGUGUUAUGAAUCGAAUAAUCCUAUGAAUUGUACUUAUGGUACAUGUAGUUCAAUUCUUAACGGAGAUGUAUCGUUUAGUCGUACCUGCCGUCCAAAUAUUGCAUUAGUGAGCAGUAUUGAUAUUUAUCGCGUAGGCUCAUUUGCAAAUUCAUUGUCUGACGUUCAAGACGGUUUUUCCUUCAGUUGUAAUCGAGAUCUUUGUAAUAGUCCAAGCACGGAAAUUUCAAUACAACAAAUUCUUCAAAGUUCUAGUUCUGUACUGGACAUUGUUCAAGCCGAUACGACAAGUAUAGCAACAACGACCGUUUCGAAUCGAUGUGCCUUAUUCAUAUUCACAAUUAUAAUAUUGUUGCAAUAUUUUCUAUCAUAUUUAACGAAAAUAAUCGCAUAUUGA